AUGGCAAACGAUGAAGUGGUUCUUCCCCAAGAAGAUGCUCAGCCUGGGGGGUCAACAGAGGAGACCACAGACGACACAAAGCCCCAAGAACCCACAGAAGAACACAUCCAAAAUGAUGAAGCACAACCAGACAGCACCGUCGCAAACACAGCUGAAGAAAACAAGGAAGGAGCUGCUGAUGCACCAGUCCACCAAUCAAAUGAAGGAGACAUAGAGAGCACCGCUGAAGUCUCUGCAGAUAUUCAUGUCCAAAAUGAAGCACUGACAUUUUCUUCAACAGGGGAGAAGAAAGAAACUGCCGAAGUCCCUGCUGAUGCUAUCCAGGUCAAACCUCAAGAGGAACCUUCAGUCGAAACUGAGCAAGCAAAUAUUACACACUUAGAGGUCGCAACGGUAGAAUCCACUGAACAAGCUGCAGAGAUUCCUCAGGACGAUGCUGGAGAGGUUUUUCAGGCUGUAGCUGCGGUUGUGGUGGAGUCUUCACAUGAUACGAGUGACGGGAUUCAUGCAACACCAGAAGAAGAGGCUCCUCUGCAAAACAGUGUGGAACCAAUCCCAGAUUUAUUGUUCGACUCUCUAGCCGAUUCAUUAAAUCUCAAUCCUGUAUCAGAAUCGCUGAAUCAGUCUGCUGCCAACACCAAGGUCGAGUCUGAAGAGUCUAACGUUGAAGCUGCAGCUCCAGCAGAAGCAGGUUUAAAGACCAGAGCUGAAGAGGUGCCCGAGGGUGAAGUCCAGCCUGUUGACGACACCGCACCUGAGGAAGCAGCAGAUCCUGUGCAGGUGGAGUUGGACAUCACUGACGCUGUUGAACCUGUAGCUGCCUCAGAGGGUGGAGCGGUUCAGAGUGUGUUACCUGACGGAGGCAUUGAACUGACUGAUGCAUUGGAUGUGGAGCCGCCCACAACUGAAGCUGCUCCUGAACCUGUGGACGUUCCUGAACAGUCCCGCUCAGAGAAGGCAGAACCGAAACCCACUGAUUUGUUUCAAAAGUCCAGAGAGGAGCAACAAUCCCAGUACACUCUGAAAGUGACCAGUGAUGGCAAAGCUAUUUGUUCGUUCUGUGACGGAAUUAUUGAUGGAAUGAUCAAGCUCACAUUCAGCGAACCUCUGCUGACCUGCCAUGCUGAGUGUCUAAAGUGUGGUGUGUGUGCUGAGGGCCUUGGAGAGUUGCUGAGGCCCAUGUUUCUGCGUGACCAGUUGAUCCAGUGUGAUGGCUGCUUCUUCUCGAGACGUGAAGCCUGA